AUGAAUAAAAUAUUAAUAUGGAUUUUACCAUUGCUAUUGUGUUGUCAAUGUACACAAGAAAUCUGCCACGCUUGCUUCCACGGGACUUGCUUCUCCAAACGCAAAUUAUUUGAAGGUAAACAGUUCUCUGGACAAAUUGCUGUAGAUAGAAUGGACAACGUUUUACAUUUCCAUUAUAAAGACUACAGAUCAAACGAUUAUACUGCAAUUUUAGAUUUAUAUUCAGACUCUCCUAAACUGGAGAUUUUGCCUGUCGACUAUUCUUUUGCGAGAGCAAUCAACACAAAAACAGGCGAAGUGUAUUUCUCUGGAGCUAAAGGCAUAUACGUGUACAAUUCGGUUACUAAAUCUACAGUGCCAUACAUGUUGUUUAAUACUACAAUAUCACUUAUGCAAUUCAAAGAUAAAUUAUAUUAUACAGAAUUUAGAAGAGAAGGUAUAUACUUCGUAGAAAAUAAUAGAGCUGAUGCUAUGGAAGCAUUAGCUGAUUAUAUUGUAGAUGAUUUUGUAAUAGAUAAAUUUAAUAACAUAUAUUUCAUUAGCGAUUACAUCUUGUUUAGAUACAAGAAAGGAGAGCAUAAGGCUAAAAUUUUCAGUAAUAUACCAUAUUCUCUAACUACUGAUACAAAAGAUAAUGUUUAUUUAAUAGAAACAACAACUAGGACAUUGUUUAAAAUGGAUUAUGUGAGAGACAGGAUAACGGAAGUAGGAAUUUUUGGCAGCGGUAGCGUUUUCAACGCCGUUUUCGAUAAAUAUAAUAAUCUGAUUUACUGUGAUGCUGUCGAAGAAAGGAUUUAUAUGUUGCUGCCGACUUUUAGUAAUUGUACAAUUGUCAAAAGGAAAAGGAAGAAGGAAAAUAUUAAUGUUAGUAAAAUGAUGUUUUGA